AUGGAUAACAAGCGCUUCACAAUGAACCCCUUCGGAGAGCUGACACUGUCUGCAAAAGAACGAGCUAAGCUGGUCACCAUCGCUGAUGAACUGGUGUUUGCGAAGUUCGAGGAGUAUAAAGAGCACCUGAACAUUGGCAAGAAAGUCGAUCUCACGCGCUGGAAAAAGUUUUCGAACUCGGGCACAACGACGACGUAUCUCGAGCGGAAGAACACGAAUCCAAACUCCAAGUUGCCUGCUCUGCUCAUGUCUGGCCCGCUGCCCGGUACACUAGACGAGAAUAUGUUUGGUCUCGUCAGCCCGACUCUCGAAGCCAUGCGAAUCAAGUCAUCAUACCUAAACGACUUCAGUGCCGCUGCUGUGCUUGCCAAUAUCGUGGAGCCGUCCGUGGAGGAACCAUUUCGAUCUGUAGUGGUUAAGUGGAUGGAGAUUGACAUUCCCGGCGCCUCUUUAGGCCUCGUACGCAACCGAGACUACGUUUACGUUGAGAGCUCUGGCAUCCUUCGUCUCAAGAAUGGUGAACGCGUCGGCUACCACUUGUUUCACUCCGUCAGCUUUCCAGAAGCUCAGGAACUGCCAAACCGAGUACGUGGCAACAUGUCGUUCUGUGGAAUUUUCCACCAGGAAGGCCCCGAUCGAACAGACUGCCGCGGGACAGGGAUCAUGGACCCAGGAGGGGACAUGAUCCGUGUGAUGGCGGUAAUGGGCAUGGUACAGGCAACCAUGGCUGGCUUAAAGUACUCGUAUUGCGGGCAAAUGAAGAAGUUGACAUGGCUGCUAGAGCAGCGACACACUCAGGCAAAGGAGCGUGGAGCUCCAGUCGCUGAACCAAUGUGCGUGACUUGCUUCAACCCGAUCAAGAACUCAAAGUUCAGUAUCGGCAAGUCCAGUAGCACUUGCAAGUUGUGCUUUGGAGCUCUUUGCGGCACGUGUAAGAUCUCCAAGAAGCUGAGUUUCAUCACUCCAGACCUGGAGCUUGCCCAGCGCAAGGUCAACUUCUGUGUCAAGUGUCUCGUUGAGGCCACUCGUAUGGACACGCUGGAAGCUGCACGCCAGCAGUUCGUCUACAAGAGACGCGUCCAACCAAGUGUAUAUGGCUCAUCCGUUGCAUCUCACGAAAGCAUCACCUAG